AUGCACAGACAUCAGUCCUACCAGCAGUAUGCCACUGCCGCACCCACCACCACCACAUCCACUACCACAAGAUACUCGGGCACAUCCUCGGCCUUCUCGGCUUCAGCAAAUCCAAACGAGGACUGGACCAAGAUCUCGGACCUUGCUGAGCGCAGGCGCAUACAAAACCGAAUUGCCCAACGCAACUACCGCAAGAAGCUAAAGAAGAGGCUCGAAGACCUUGAGCGUCGUGCUGCCUCCAGCUCAGCUUCACCUGAGCAGAGACCCGCGGAGCUGCAACGACCCCAGACCUCGCCGCGCCGCGAGUUCCCCUCGCCAACAUCUUCGGAUUCCUCCUACACCACGCCUCCUGAGGAUCGUAUGUUUUCGCACCAGUACACCCGACAGCUCUCCACCAGCCCUCCGCCCUUCUCGGUGGCAUCGUACUCCUCAACCUAUCCGGCCCCAGAUGCAGUAGCAUACUCCGUGCCAUACUCCACAAACGCCUCCUAUCACACAAUACCUUCCACACUCACACACGACAUGUCCUCGUAUGCUUACCUGCCCCCUCCGUUUUCCUCGGCCUACCCCACAGCCUUGCCCAGCCUCGUACCCAGCACAAAGAACGAUUACUACGCCGAGGAGGACCUCAGCCCAUUCGGCGUUGGUUACGCAGCCAUUGGCGGAAUCGAUAUUCCACCUCCUCAAGCAUAUGCAGACCACAAUGCUCAUACGCCACCACUUGAGCACGAUGAGUUCGCAUAUCCCACCACACCAAACUCGAUGCCGCGGACGCCGCCUCUGCUUUCACUCCACUCCAUCUGA